GCUAUCUCCAACACGGCCGCCUGGGCCAGCGUGUCCAUGAUGGAGGCUAGCUUGCUCUGGAAAGCCGCACCGUGAGCCAUGCAGGGCCCCUGUUGCGUUGACAUGGCUGACGGUAAAGUAUGCUUCAAGGGCAGAUGAAGGCGUGUCUCACGAUUGGCCACGCGGUCCGUCAAUCUACAGUAGGCGGGGCCCGUGGCCGAGACGCACAGGGGAAACGGCAAGAGCUGUCAAACGGCAACAAUCGCCUCUGAAUUAUCACCGCAGGCGGAGAAAAACACCCGACAUGCCUCGACAGGAGAAUGUCGACGAAUGAAGCUUCGGGACUGUUUUUGUACGCCGUUUUAGCCGAAUAUGGACAAAACUCACUGUGUGGCGUUGGGCUAACGUCUAUUAGCUUGAGUUUUGUUGACAAACUAGCCUAGUCAAGCUCCCCAAGCUAGCUAGCUAAGUAAACGUCGGUUAAACAAGUUAUUGGAGUGAUUUAGCUACUCAGCACCCCCCCCACGCACAAACGCCUUUUUAUUAUUUUUAUUUUCUGAAGGUGGAAAAACGGAAUACCCAGCAUGAACUGAUGUAGCCGAGUCUAAGCAGGAUUGCACCGGCUCACAACCUCCAACCAACAUGUGAGAGCCCCCCUUCCACACAUGCUUCCUGCCGGACCUGCACCCUCCCGCUGAGCCCUCCACCUUUCUGCCCCAACCCUGUGCUCUUGUCAUGUGGACAAUAACAUACAGAAAAAGACUCCUGCUACCCUCACUGGUGUCGCCAUCUUUCUUGCCAUCCUCAUCAACGCCAUGGAGCGGAAUAAACGAAACUCCAUCGCUGGGUUCCCCACGCGGCCUGAACGCUUUGCUGAGGAUAGAGACAGCCUUGGCGGCGUAGGUGUGUGUGAGAUGGGCAUGGGGCAGCCAUCACAGGUGGGCAGGGUGUGCCCGUCCUCCUACCGAGCCCUCAUCAGUGCCUUCUCCUGCCUUACGCGCCUGGACGACUUCACCUGCGAGUGGAUCGGCUCAGGCUUCUUCUCUGACGUCUACAAGGUGUGUCACAGAGCGUCGGAUCAGGUGAUGGCACUCAAGAUGAACAAGCUGAGCAGCAACAGAGCCAACAUGCUGCGAGAAGUCCAGCUCAUGAAUCGCCUCUCGCAUCCCAACAUACUCCGGUUCAAGGGAGUGUGUGUGCAUGAGGGCCAGCUGCACGCCUUGACAGAGUACAUUAAUGGUGGCAACUUGGAGCAGCUUCUGGACAGCAACAAGCACCUGAGCUGGCCAGCCAGGGUCAAACUGGGCAGCGACAUUGCCAGCGGUCUGGCUUACCUGCACGCCAAAGGCAUCUUCCACCGGGACCUCACCUCCAAGAAUUGCUUGAUCAAAUGUGACGACAACAGCUACACAGCAGUGGUGGGAGACUUCGGCUUGGCCGAGAAGAUCCCUGCUAAUCUCACGGAGCGAGAGAAGCUUUCAGUGGUUGGUUCUCCUUUCUGGAUGGCUCCUGAGGUUCUGAGAGACGAACCUUACAAUGAGAAGGCUGAUGUCUUCUCUUAUGGCAUCAUCCUGUGUGAGAUCAUUGCCAGGAUCCAGGCUGAUCCAGAUUUUCUCCCCCGCACCGAGAACUUCGGCCUGGACUACCACACCUUCCAGCACAUGGUUGGUGACUGUCCACCUGACUUUCUCCAGCUGGCCUUCAACUGCUGCAACAUGGACCCCACACUCCGUCCCUCCUUCCCAGACAUUGUGCGGCACCUUGACAAGAUUCUGGCACACCUCAAGGUGGGAGACGUGGAGCACCCGUGCCCCCCCUCGCUGGGUGGAGAAGGCGUUAACAAGACAAAUGCCACCAAAGGUGAGAAGAUUCAAGGCCUGAAGCGACUCAAUCCCCUCAUGUUCCACGACGACAAAAUUCCCCCAAAAUCUCCCCGCCCGCGCCGCAACAUCUGGCUCAGCCGCAGCCAGUCAGAUAUCUUCUCCUGCAAAAUGGGAAGGAAAGUGAACGUCCAGGACCCAUAUUAUGAGCCGCCACCCUCCCAAAGAGCCCCCAGGGCCCGCAAGGUCAACCCCUUCACAGCGCGAGAGGACCUGUGCGGGGGCAAGAUCAAGUUCUUUGAUGUGCCCAGCAAGUCGGUCUUUUCGCUGGUCUUUGACCUGCAUUCACCCCCCGGUAGCGCCUUCACCAGCCAGCCCCUUGCGCACACCACUGCCGGGCCCCCACAGGGGGCGUCGUACUACUGGCAGCAGUUGCCAGGGCGACAGUGUCACUCCUUGCCGGUGUCACCCCAACUGCCUCGCACAGAGUUUCUGGACGCUGCCUCGGCUGCCCACAACAGCAGCAACGUACCUGCCCCCUGCAGCACCGUACCGGCCCCCUGCAGCAACGUACCUGCCCCCUGCAGCGCACACCAGCUGAACUCCACCAUGUCGUCGGCCUCCUGCUGGUCCGAUGCAGGCCUGGUGGGACACGAAGCCCGGCAGAAGGUGGUUCUGAGCGGCUGGGCCAAGAAGUACGUGGUGGUGGAGAUCCCGCCCUACUGCAGGCCAGAGGCGGGCGAGGAGGACGAUUGCUGGACAAGGGAAGGCGAUGAUGACGUGUUUGGGCAGAGCUGGUCUCCGUCAGUCGCCGCUGGGGAGGCCAUGGACUGCUCCAGCAUCCUGGAGGACCAAAACGCACAAACCUACGUCAUGCCACCCAGGGACUGAGGGGGGCUCCGGUGGACUUGGUACAGAAAGCAAGUGUGUUGAAAAGUUGUCUAAUUCCAAGAAUACACAUGAAACCCUCAAGCUAAUAAGGUUGGUAUUUAUUCAUAUUAUGGGAUGACUUUGAUUGUAGUUUUUUUUCCUUGUAGAAACCUUUUAAGGCAAUUUUGUUGCUUUGGUUUUCAUCUUUCCAAAUCUUUGAUUUCACCUUGAUCCUUUACAUUUUUCAUCAUCGAUGCUAAUGUUGAUUUAAAAGCCGUGCAGGUUUGGCGUGCGCAGCUUGAUGCAGUUCCAUAUUUUUACCAGCCGUCACAUGGUGUCUUCUUUCAGAACCGAUAUUCAAUCUCACUAAACUGUCUUGUUUUUUUUUUUUUUUUACAACUAAAACAGCCGUCACAGCGUUUGUAUAAAAGCGAUUAAGAGAUUAGUUUUUCGCAAUAGGAACUAAAAUGCACUAUUUUUGUGAUCCUUGUGAACUUUUCUAUGCAAAAACAUUUUCACACUGUUGAGCGGAAUUAAGGAGGUGAUAUUUAUGUUUUUAAAAAAAAGUCUUACCUUCUGUGUAUAUUUGUUUAAAAAGGUUGUUGACUACAGACUGAGACGUUUUUUUUUUUGUUUUGUUUGAAAUAACAAAGCUUUUCUCUGAGUUCUUUUCCGCUCAAUAAAACAAAAAACCUUCA